CGCGCUCUAUUUAAUCCCCGCCGCUGCCGCACCGCCGGCUCCAGAGCGGAGGGAGCAGCGGAGAGAGCAGCGCCCGCCGCCCGCGCUGCGGCUCGGUCGCGCCGGCCCCGCGGGCUCCCGCCGCCGCCACCAUGCAGCCGCCCGCCCUCGGCAUCCUCCUGCUCAUCGCCUGCUUCGGCAGCGCCCGCGGAAACCUCUCCCGCGACGAGAGCCAGCCCACAACGUCGGAUGAGACCGUGGUGGCCGGGGGCACGGUGGUGCUCAAGUGCCAGGUGGAAGACCCCGAUGACUCCUCGCUGCAGUGGUCCAACCCUGCCCAGCAGACCCUGUACUUCGGGGAAAAACGAGCCCUGCGGGAUAACAGGAUCCAGCUGGAGAGAUCCACCCCCAACGAGCUGACCAUCAGCAUCAGCGACGUGGUGCUGGCCGACGAGGGCGAGUACACCUGCUCCAUCUUCACCAUGCCCGUGAGGACGGCCAAGGCCCUGGUCACCGUGCUGGGAAUCCCCCAGAAGCCCCAAAUCUUCGGCCACGAGCAGCCCAUCGAUGAGGAGAAGGUGGCCCGGCUGCUCUGCCGCUCGUCCGGCAGCAAACCCGCGGCGCAGCUGCGCUGGAGGAAGGGCAACAGGGACAUCAAGGACUCGGGCACCGAGGUGGUGGAGGACCCCAAUGGCAAGACCUUCACAGUGACCAGCAGGGUGGAGUUCCGUGUCACCAAGGAGGACAACGAGGUCGAGGUCACCUGCACGGUGGACCAUGAGUCCCUGCAGAACUCGGAGAGGUCGACCACGCAGAAGCUGCAGGUCCACUACAAGCCCACGGCGAAGAUCGAGCCACACCCGCAGUACCCACGGGAGGGGGAGAAGCUGCAGCUGCAAUGUGACGGGCAGGGCAACCCCAUCCCGCAGGAAUUCCUCUGGGAGAAGGAGGGCAGCGACGCUCCCCUACAGCUCAGCUCCGACAGCGUCCUCAUCUUCCCCUUCCUCAACAAGAGUGACAGUGGCACCUACGUGUGCACGGCCACCAGCUCCAUGGGCAGCGUGGUGGCCAAGUACAACCUGGACGUCAGCGAUGUUCCCCAGCUCCCCACCCCACACGUUCACUCCACUCGGGGCCCUUCCCAGCCCAUCUCUCAUGCUUCCAUGGCCUCCGCUCCAUCCUUCACUCCAGCUCCCAUCCAAGAUGCCAGCCCAGUGCCCUCGACCUCCAGCACCUACCACGCGAUGAUCGGCGGCGUGGUGGCCGUCAUCGUCUUCCUCCUGCUCAGCCUCCUCAUCGUGCUGGGACAUUACCUGAUCAGGCACAAAGGCACGUACCUGACCCACGAGGCCAAAGGCUCGGACGAUGCUCCGGACGCCGACACCGCCAUCAUCAAUGCUGAGGGCGGCCAGGCCGGCGGAGACGACAAGAAGGAAUAUUUCAUCUAAAGGUGUCAGAGAGAGAGAGAGAGAGAGAGAGAGAGAGAAAUGGAGCCAAGAGAACCCCGAUGGCAACGGCAACCAGACCACAAACCCCACAAAACCCAACAGAUUUUCUCUGGCGCCCGGCACGGGCGGACAGACGGACGGACAGAGGGAUGGCGGGACAGAGAGCAGGGAGAGCCACCGGCCUCGAGGCGCUGCUGACGCUUCUUGAACUUGUACAAAUCCUUCACUCCAACAGCGAGAGCCCCGGCCCCGUUUGCUUGCUUGCACCUCCAUCCCCAUGCCCCGACCCCACAGACCAACCCGUGAGUGAGCGACUUCUUCCUUCUUCCUUUGGACCUUUUUUUGCUUUGGUUUCGUGGCUGCUCUUUGCUUCGGGCCCUUGGUUGGGGUGUUGGGCUGGGGUCAAUGUAGCUCUUCCCUUUGUUUCUCUCCAUUUUGGUUUCUUUGAUAUCCAAGGAUAAAAUCAGCUCUGGGUUCCCGGGGCGAGCUUGGGACCCUGGGUGUCCCCGUUUGUCGCCUCCCAUGGUGGGGGGUGACUCCAGCUGGGAGCAGAGCGAGACCCUGCCCCAAUUUUAUCCUUGGUGGUUCUUGUGGAGCAGUGUCCAUGCGGGAGCAGAGCUGUCCUCGUGCAGUCAGUGUGUGAAAGGGAGUGAAAGUCCUGGGUGGGACCCCCAGAGAGACCAGGAGCCCCCACAGCUCCCUGGUCCCACCCCAGCGGGAGGGGGGAGGGCUGAGAUUUAUUUUGAGGGGGCAAAUCUAGAGGAAAAGCCCCCGAUUUUUAAAAUUUUUCUUAAAUUCUCUGAUUGGAAAUGCCAAUUUUAACCAUCUAUUGAGAUGUUCAGUGCAGGAGGCAGCGCCCUCGGGGCUGGGGCUGCUUCCCUGGGACCCCUGGAGCAGGGGUGGGGCUCUGCCAGGGUCUUUCUGCCCCUCUUCCCUCCCCAGCCCCUUCCCAGGGCAGGGAUGAGCUUGGAAAGGGCUGAUUUUUCUUCUUGGCUCUGAGAACCCCAACCAAAACACCUGGAUUUGGGGUCUGGGGAGUUUGGGGUCGCCAUGGAGGCUUGGUGGGGGGUUCACCCUUCCUCCUUGCCCUUCUUCCUGCCUCUUUCACCUUCACUUCCAAGACAAAACCAAACACCUUUCCCCACCUCUCCAGCACAGCCCCAGCUCGCCCCCUCCCCAAACCAGGCACCCGCGGGAUGGGGCUGCUCCCCCUGGCAUCCUUUGGGCACCCCCAGCCUUGGCAUGAAGUUUCCUGGGAUCUCACAUCCCAGUCUGGGCACGAGAGGGGUUGCAGGAGAUGCCCUUGGGCUUGGAACCCCAUGGAUUUGGGGUUGUGUGGAGGAGGGGAGCCCUUUGGGAGGGGUAACCUCAGCUGGGAGGUCACCCCAAGGAUUUGGGGUCGUUUGGAGGAUGAGGGGGCCCUUUAGGAAGGAGGUGGGGUGGGGAACCUCACCUGGGAGGUGCAGGAAGAAUUUUAUCACCUCUUCCACAGGGCUGGAAGUGUCACCCCCCCAAACCCUGCCAACACCUGGCACCUGUGUCACCUGUGGGAGCACGAGGGGGGCUCAGGUGAGGCAGAGGAGGCCCAGCUCGGUGCCACACACAGGUGGCAGCGAGGGAUGUGACACUGGGGACACUGCAGAGGUGACCAGGCUGCCGUGGCUCAGCUGUGUCAGGAGCAGUGCUGGCACUGGGAAGGAGCAGGACAUGGAGUUUUUGAGGUUUCCUUUGCUGGGUACAGCCGUUUUUGGGGUGGUUUUCCUCCUUCCCAACCUCUCAGAGUGGGGGAUGCCCCCAGGGCAGCUCUGAGCUCGGGCUGGGGGAUGAAUCCCGGGGCUGCCAACACCCGAGGUCCCCAGGACUGAGUAAUUCCUGCAAAUAAAAACACCCAGAUGUGUUCUCAAGCAGAAUUCCAUCUCCUGGGGGGGCUGGAGGGAUCCCACGCAGAGCCAGGCGCAGGGAUGGCAGUGGGGUGGGUGGUCCCUGGGGCAGGGAGGUGGGAGCUGCCAGGGACAGGGAGGCUUUUCCCUCUUGGAAUUCAGUUCCUGGCUGGUUCUGCCGCUCCAGAGCUGCUCCAAGGGCUGGUGCCUGGGAGAACAGGCUGGAUGGGUGAUUUUGAGGUGGUUUUGGUGGUUUUGAGGUAGUUUUGAGGUGCCACGUGCUCUGAGGUGUGGCAGGGCAGCCCGGGGAGCUGGCAGGGACAUGUGGAGGUGUCACCUGGCCCAGUGUCACCUGGAGGUCACAGAGAGGGGCUGGGAGGGCUCAGAGGUUCCAUCUGAGGCCACUUCUGGCAACGGGAGCCAAAGGGUUUGGUGGAGGUGGGAGCAGUGGAGGAGAUUUGUGUCACACCUAGGGGUGACAGCGACACCGGGUCACACCAGUGUGGCCGUGGGGUGACAGGGACCCUCCUGACCUAGGAGGAUUCUGGGUGGAAGCUGUGACAAGGACAUUCCAUGGUGAAGCCACCUGGUGACAGCAAAUCCCUGGCCCUUUUGGGGUCACUGUGUGGAUUCCUUGGGGGUAACGGACACCCCAUGUCACAGAGGAGCAGGGGCUGGGUGGCCGGGGGAUGACAGGGUGGGGGUGGCCCCGUCCUUGUCCCCUUGGCGGUCGGUGACACCGUGUUACAGCUACGAGAGGUGUGAAACCGCACACGGGGGAGGGUGGCACCGUGUCUGGGAGAGCCCAGGCCACCACCCCGUCCUCAGGGGGUCCUGUUGGUGGCCCCACAUCCACCCAGUCACGGGGUUGGGUCACGAGGAGGAUUUGGGACCCCCUGGGAGGCUGCGGCCGCUUCCCGGCCGGCACUGAACUCUCAAUAGACACGAAAGCCAUAUUUGGGGAGCUCUGGAGAGGCCGGGCGGGGGGCAGAGGCUGGGCUGUGUUGUUGUGCUGUGUUUUUUUUGUCUGUACAUAAAGGGAGCCAACGACCGUCGAUGUGACUUUAUAACCUUUCUAAUAUCCUGUGCUAAUCUCGGAAAAUAAUCCUAUAAAUAUAUCUGGAUUACACACGUUA